AUGUCGCGUCUGAUGCCCAACCUGGGAGGCCCCUGCGGCCGUGUAAGACGGCUCUAUGCCAACGUUGCCCACUCGAUCGGACUUUAUGGAGCGCCGGUAUGGGCAGAGGCAAUAAGUGGCAACAGGAGAGCGCUUGCGGCGCUGAGGACACAACGCCAGAUGGCAGUGAGAGUAGUGCGGGCAUACCGCACUGUGUCCCAUGCGGCGGCGACUCUACUGGCUGGGAUGCCCCCGGUCGACCUAUUGGCUGGGGCGUACUCCCGGUCCUAUGAGCGGAUAGCGGACCUGAAGAAAAGAGGACUCCCAGUAACGGGCAGAACUAGAAGGCUCAUCAACAGCCAAGAACGGGAGACGGCUGUGAAGAAAUGGAGAGACAGACUGCGGGAGCCUGACUGUGCGGGACAACGGACAGUGCAGGCGAUACUCCCACAUAUGGCAACCUGGCUAAACAGGACGUGGGCGAGAUCGUCCUACCGGACGACGCAGGUACUCACCGGACAUGGAUGUUUCGGUGAGUACCUGCACAGAAUUCAGAGGGAGGACACAAAGGGGUGUCACCACUGUCAGGAGGCAGUGGACGACGCCCAACACACAUUGGAGUUCUGCCCGGCGUGGGAGGGACAGCGACAGGCCCUCAAAGAUCGCAUAGGCCCGGACCUCACGCUGGGAACUAUCGUGGGACGGAUCACCCAGUGUGAAGAGGCAUGGGAGGCGUUCUCCCUCUUUUGCGAGAAGGUAAUGAGGGAGAAGGAAGAAAGCGAAAGGGUGAGAAGGGGAGAAACAAACGACCCCCCGAACACCCAAGGUGGAGGGCGUGCUAAUAGAAGGCGAAGGGCGCGCGGCACGCUGGCCCACCUACGGGCAUGGUAA